GGCAAUGGCAUGGUUCAUAAUCACUGCAUUACUUGUUCUUCUUCUAUGUCUUAUAAUAUUAAGAUUAAGAUCCUCACAAUCCAUUCACCUCCCUCCCGGACCCCUCUACCUUCCUAUCAUUACAGACAUCUUCUUGCUCCAAAUAUCAUUCUCAAAACUCAAACCAAUUAUUCGCAAACUCCAUGCCAAACACGGCCCUAUUAUCACGUUCCAUUUCUGGUCUACUCCUCACAUAUUCAUUUCCGAUCGUUUACUUGCCCACCAAGCCUUAAUCCAAAACGCUGUUGUCUUCGCCGACCGCCCCAAGUUCCUUAAGAAUCACCAAUUUAACAUAGCUUCGUCUUGCUACGGUCCCACUUGGCAUGCUAUCCGGAAUAACCUCGCAUCCAUCAUGCUUCAACCAUCUCGAUUCAAAUCAUUUUCCAAAGCUCGUAAGUGCGUACUAGACGCACUUAUAAGCAAAUUAAAAUUUGAGGCAAAUUUUUUGAAUAAUUCAGUUGAGCUCAUCAACUACAUUCGACACGCCAUUUUUUGCUUACUAUUUUCCAUGUGUUUCGGGGAAAAUGUGGAUAGUAGGAAAAUUGAAAAAAUAAAAGACAUCCAGAGACGUUUGAUUUUGAGCUCCGGACAGUUGGGUGCUCUAAAUUUCUUCCCGAAAAUUGUAUCUCGCGUGUUGUUUAGAAAACGUUGGCAAGAAUUUACGCAACUUCGGAAGUUGCAAAAUGAUUUGUUGGUUGAACUAAUACAAGCCAGAAAGAAAGUUAUUGAAAAAAAUAACGAUGAUGAUGAAUAUGUUGUUUGUUAUGUGGAUACUUUGUUGAAUUUGCGGUUACCUGAGGAGAAACGGAAGCUUAACGAAGGUGAAGUUGUUGCACUAUGUUCCGAGUUUCUCACCGCAGGAACUGACACAACUUCAACUACACUAGAGUGGGUUAUGGCGAAUUUGGUGAAAGACAAACACGUGCAACAGAUGCUAGUGGAGGAAAUUGAAGAGGUGGUUGGUGAAAGAGAGGAAAGGGAAGUGAGAGAGGAAGAUUUGGAGAAAUUGCCAUAUUUGAAGGCUGUGAUUUUGGAAGGGUUAAGGCGUCAUCCUCCUACUCACUACACAAUUCCACGUGUAGUGACGGAGGAUAUUGUUUUGAAUGGUUACUUGGUGCCUAAAAAUGGGACUGUGAAUUUUAUGGUGGCAGAUAUAGGAUUAGAUCCAACGGUUUGGGAGGAUCCUACGGUGUUUAAGCCAGAGAGGUUUCUAAAAGAUGCAAAAAAUAGAAACGAAUUUGACGCAUUUGAUGUUAGGGGUAUAAAAGAGAUAAAGAUGAUGCCGUUUGGAGCAGGGAGGAGGAUUUGUCCUGCCUAUAAAUUGGCAAUGCUCCAUUUAGAAUACUUUGUUGCUAAUUUGGUUUUGAACUUUGAGUGGAAGACUUCAUUACCAGGAAGUAAUGUUGAUUUGACAGAAAAACAGGAAUUUACAAUGGUGAUGAAAUAUCCACUAGAAGCUCAAAUUUCUCUCAGGAAUUAGAUUCAACAAUUGGAGACAUUUUAUAGGACAUGAUCAGGAUUGUGCACCAUUGCAAAGUAAAACAAAAAGUAUAUCAACCAUAAAACAAUGGUGCAAACACAUUUAGAUAUAAAUGACACAUUGAUGCCAUAGAGCAAUGAUACAAAUAUAGCAAUGUAUGGUUAGUUUACAACAUCAAUCAACCAUGGUGUAAAUAUA